ACUGCCAUGUUUGUGUUCCCAGCGUUCAACUCGGAGUUUAAGAACCGCAAGCGCACGUUCAAGUGUUGCAAAUCCUGUCGCGCGCGGCGCAUCAAAUGCAAACUCUCUACGGACUACGACAAGCUCGGUUGCGAUAACUGCGCGCUCCAGGGGACGGCGUGCGAUUUGAUAGCUGGCGCGGCACCAGUGGAUGAAGCGUUUCCGUCACAACCGAUGGAUCUGACUGUCGCGGAUGUCGUGUCCGUGCCGCGCGAUGUGCCGCCCCCGCUCGUAUCGGCCAAACAGCUCUUGCACAGCGGGUUCGUGUUCACGUCUGACGAAGAAAGCGCGCGUGCACUCCAUUUUGUGGGGACGCUCGACCCCACGUUCCUCUUUGCGCAGUUCAACCCAAUGAAUGAUCCGCGAAUCGCGCCGAUCGUCAACGGCACCGCACGGCGCCCGUUUCUUAAGCGCGCGGCCGACGCGGACGACUCCGGACCGCCCAAAAAGAUGCAAACCGAGGUGGACGAAAACUUGGUCAAACAGACGACAAACGAGACUCUCCGCCGCUCCGUCGGCCUAUACAUUGACAACAACGAAGUGCUGACAGGCCUCUCGCCCCUCUUGUUCGAGUACCUCCAGACGAUUGAUGCGUUUUCGCUCAACAUCUCGCAAAAGGCGCAGCUUAACUUGAUCAAGAUCUACUUCUACAAGGUGAACUCGGUGUUCCCGCUUCUCGACGAAAACGACUUCUGGGGGCUUUUUGCGCGCAACUGCGUGCCGACGGUGCUCAAGUACGCAAUCGUGGUGGUGGCGUGUCGCGACCCCGAGGCACGCGACGUGCUUCUCGCGGAGGGUGUGUCCGACACCAAGCACUACACCUCCUCCGUUGAGACCAAGAUCCGGUCCUUCAUUCUGUUCAACGUGGAGCUGAACCAGUUAACGUUGUGUCGCACCUACGCCUUGCUCUCCUUGCACGAGAGGGCCUCGGUCAACGGCACGGAAAAACUGUCGACCGACUUGGCGAUGGCGAUACAUAUUGCCAUUUCUCUAGGGAUUCACCACAAGAAUGCUUUCCGUAAGAGCAAGGAUCUGGCGUCGCAGCAGAAGCUCUGGUGGACGAUUUUCGUACUAGACCGGUUGAACGCCAUCAUCAACACGCGUAACAUGAGCGUUCAUCGCAAAGACAUUUCUGUGGCGACCCCCAAGGGAGAGGGCUUGGCCAGGCUUGUGCUGGUGGCGGUGCGGUUGGAGAAGGUGUUGUCGUUGUAUCAGCCCCAUGGAGACACCAGAGUGCUUCCCAGAGACGUGGACUUUGACAACACCAGAGAGGAUGAGGGGAUUUAUUCGGUGCCGCUGCUGGGAACAUACGAGGAGGAAAGCCCGGGGGAUAGGCCGUUUGAAGGUGAGGCUUUGCCGUGCUAUGACGCGCCGCGCGAACAGCGUGAAGAGUACGUUGCGCGUGCAUCACGCAACUUGCGCUCCCUCCUUAACAACAUCAUCAUCAUUCUCGCGCAGAAGCGCGCGUAUGAGAACCCCAGCAUUGCUAAUUCUGUUCCGGAUGAGUUCAACUCCAAGGCAGCCUCAAAGGUCCUUACGAUUCUCAACACCCAGACCCUGCGGUUCCUCCCAAACACGCCGCUCAUUCCGUAUGCAGCGUCCAUCACCCUCACCGCUUUUUUGCGUAUGGGGUGCUUCCGCGUGAUUGAAAACGGCUACACGUGGCGUGAACCGGUGCGGAUCUUGUCCCUGAUGAACGAAUAUUGGUUCAAUUCAGGCCGCAUAGCGCAAAUGAGCUUUCUCUUCUUCCGCAACUUGGAGAUCCGCAAGUACCAGAAGGAGUCGAACGAAAAGUUGACCGACGCGCAGAAACGCGAUAUGUGGCGUGAGCGUGGCGCCACCGCCGACGCGGGAGCCGCAAACUACAACAACAACGCCAUGAACCCGCCGUUGCCAGUGACCAGCGAGCUGAACAAGGUGCCAAAGUCUUUGUUUGACACCCAUCUGACCCCUAAGCCCUUCACGCUCGAUUCCAUCAUCGACCACGACUUUUCUAUCUAUUCCGCCGUCGCCAGCCGCUACGAGACGGUCCCUGAGAAACCGUUGCCACCUUUUACGACGCCCCUGCCGGAACAGGUCUUUGCCGCCACCUCUGAGCCGGCUAGUUUAGAGCUUAACGAGUUAAACGAUGCGUAUACUUCGUUGUUUGAGCUUCUUCCGAACGUGGGGACGAUGCUUGGAAACUUUGACUACGACUUGAAUUUGGAUGAGUUGUAAGGGGGUGUUUGACACUACUGGUUGUAUAAACUGUGCCUGUUUGAACGAUAGUGCUGGAUGUAGGUUUGGAUAAUAACGUUAGAGUAUAUAUAUUAGAGUUUGGCUGGCAUCCACUGUGUUUUUAAUCCAAUUUAUGAUAUGAUUUUGUUUCGUCUGAUUGUCUGGCGAACCAUAACUGUGCACAGGUUAGUUUUUUUUUUUUUUUGAUGAGACAAUGCCCAUUU